GGGUUCCGUCGUCAAAGAUGUACGAACACUCUUCGGAGUUUCCAAAGUCCCAAUAUAUAAAAACCAACGUAAACACGAAAAGGAACAGUUCAAUUUCUUAUCUGGGUUUUCUAAAAACUCUGCCUUUUUCUUUGUACAAAGCCCACAACAAUCUUCGGAACUAUAUAUCCCAUGGCUGCCAUUGCUGGAUCAAACGUUGUAGUUUCCAAAUCAACCAGAAUUUCCAGCUCAUUCUUUGACCGGAAAGCCCCACAUUUUCGGCAGUGGUCCCCCAUUUCCGGUGGCCAAUCACUCCGCCACUCCAUCUCCCUUCAGUGCAAAUCCAAGAGUUCCUCCGGUGGUGUUGUGAAAGCUCAGGGAGCAAGUCUUGAAGAAACAAGCGCCGGAGUAGGCCAAAAUGUGGAGGCUCCGGUGGUCAUUGUGACUGGUGCCUCUAGAGGUAUUGGAAAAGCUACUGCAUUGGCUUUGGGAAAAGCUGGUUGUAAGGUCCUUGUUAAUUAUGCUAGAUCAUCAAAGGAGGCUGAGGAAGUUUCCAAAGAGAUCGAAGCAUCUGGUGGCCAAGCUAUUACUUUUGGAGGAGAUGUUUCAAAAGAAGCUGAUGUUGAAUUAAUGAUCAAAACAGCAGUUGAUGCUUGGGGAACUAUUGAUGUAUUAGUAAAUAAUGCAGGAAUCACAAGGGACAACUUAAUUAUGAGAAUGAAGAAAUCCCAGUGGCAGGAUGUCAUUGAUUUGAAUCUUACUGGUGUAUUUCUAUGUACACAGGCUGCAGCCAAAAUUAUGAUGAAGAAGAAAAAGGGAAGGAUAAUCAAUGUAGCAUCAGUCUUCGGUCUAGUCGGCAAUGCCGGGCAAGCCAAUUAUAGUGCUGCAAAAGCAGGAGUAAUUGGCUUCACAAAAGCUAUUGCUAAGGAGUAUUCCAGCAGAAACAUCACUGUUAAUGCUAUUGCUCCAGGCUUUAUUGCAUCUGACAUGACUGCCAAGCUAGGAGAUGAUAUUGAGAAGAAAAACUUGGAGGGCAUCCCCUUAGGAAGAUAUGGUCAACCAGAAGAAGUUGCUGGGCUAGUGGAAUUUUUGGCACUUGGUCCUGCUGCAAGUUACAUAACUGGACAGGUUCUCACCAUUGAUGGAGGGAUGGUAAUGUAGGCCACCCUCCCUGCAUAAUUGAGGAGCCUCUAAACUACCACCAAUAACAAAGCAAUGAGAAUGGUGUAAUAUCCAUUUUUUUAAGGAAAAAAAAAAUAAGAAUUUAAUUCUAUUUUUACUUCCAUUUAUUUUUUUUUCAUUUUAGUAUUUUGAAUAUUGUGAAUUAAGGAUUUUAAUGACAAAUAAAUUUUAUUUUAUAGUGA